AUGUGUUUGUGUGUGUCUGUGUUUGUAAUGGGUGACUUGAGUGAGUGCAUCAGGCGUCUGCUAGGCACCGGUCAGGAUCAUGUUAUGGAGAUUCUUGAGCACGGCAGCGACAAGGACCGGUCUUCACUGGCCAGGCAACUAACGAUUGAUCUUUAUGGUGUGGAUUUUCACCACCUCAACCACGUUCUGCGUGCUUGUCUGGAGCGUGAAAAGGAUCACAGCAGCAACACAGCGAUUGAGCCACCGCCAAACAAUUUUUUCUUUGACGUGAUGGAAGAUCAGAGGGCCAGGGGUAAACACGUGGAGGAGCUGGAGAAGCUUGGCUACGAGGCCAUUCACGCUGGCCGUGUGGCGUUUCUCAUUUUGGCAGGUGGAAGCGGGACUCGACUCGGCGCGGAUGUUCCCAAAGGACUUUUAACAUGCAGCGGGCUUUGUGAGAAAAAGUCACUUUUUCAAUUUCACUGCGAGAAGAUACGCCGACGGGAGGAGCUGGCGACCUUUCGUUGCGGGGGUGUUCCCUCGGCCAAGAUACAGCUCUUGGUGUUGACGUCCAUCCAAAACGACGAGCAGACGCGGCAGUUUUUUCAAGAGAACAACUGUUUUGGACUUGCGAAGGAGCAGGUGCAAUUCUUCACUCAGUCGUCCUUUCCGUGCUACGAUGAAGAAACGGGGAGGUUUCUCAUGGAGUCCGCUUGCAGUGUUUGCGUUGCGCCAAGCGGGAACGGUGGGGUGUACUCGGCGUUAGCAGAAGUGCCCCGUGGAGAGAAGGAAACUGUGCUGCAGCGGUUGCAGCGUCUGGGUAUAACGUACGUUCAGAUUGGAAAUGUGGAUAACCUGCUUGCCAAAGUUGCGGACCCACUGUUUGCCGGCUACGCACUCAAGGAAGGGGCGCAUGUUGUCGUCAAGUCAAGCCCAAAGAAGAGCCCCGAUGAGUCCGUUGGUGUGUUUGCACGCCUGAAUGAUGAGUGGGGAGUUGUGGAGUACACUGAAAUUGGCGAAAGGGCGAAAGAGGUGGAUGCUAAAACUGGCAAUCUCAAGUUUAAUUGCGCGAAUAUUUCCUCCUACAUCUGUAGUAUUCGCUUUCUUCAGGCUGCAGCCAAGCGUAUGGAAACAUUUACGCGUUAUCACAUUGCACGGAAAAAAAUUUUAACUGCAAACGGCCCGACGAUGGGAAUCAAACUGGAGGCGUUUAUCUUUGAUCUCUUUUGGCUUGCCAAGGAGUGCGUGGAUCCCCCCACGGGGAGUGGGGAUGGAUUUCGCAUUAUGCAAGUGAAUCGGAGUGAAGAGUUUGCUCCCAUUAAAAAUGCGGAGGGGGCAUUAAGUGACACACAGAGCGAGGCCUCACGUCUCCUUUUGUCGCUACAUACGCGCUGGUUGUCUGCGGCGCUUAUUUCCAUUGCCUGCGGAGGAGGCGUUACCGCCCAAGAUGCGAAGGAGGCACUUGCGGCACUGCAAAGCAAGGGAUUGGGUGUUGAAAUAUCACCGCUUGUGUCAAUUGGAGGGGAAGGACUGCAGCCGUACCUCUCGCGCGCGAUAAAUGAAAUUCUGCACGGUUCUUCCAAUCGAGUUGUGAUUCUGCAUCCGGAUGAGCUCCCCCAGGAGCCUGGAAACAUGUAA